UUAACAUUCACACAGCUCCUGCCUUCACAGCCUCACUGGGGGACGGUUGUGUUCUGCUGGAGGGGGCAAAGAAAGGCUUCUUGUAGGGAAGGUUUUUAUCCAAAAUACCAGCAUGGAACCAUGAGAAGGAAAAGCAGAGUAAUGCAUGGAAGGGCCGCAGAGAAAAUUAACCCCUCUUCUCUCUCUGAUACAACGUAAACUAAAGAAGAAGAAGAAACCAAAACAGCCCAAACUCACUCUCUCCGGGAUUCAGCUUUUUUUACUUUUUUCCUUCAUGGGACAUCUCUAAACCGUCCCCCAGGAAUCCUUCAUUAAAUGAUUUGCUUUUUUUUUCUUAUUAAAUCCAGAAAAAAAUAAUUACGAAAAAAAACAAACCCCACUGAUGAUGAAAUUCUGAGGGUGUCACGCCAAACUCGUAACAUUAAUAUAUUUUUUUCCAUGCCAAGUCAUUUAUGUGAAACAUUGAGAGGUUUAAAUAUUUAUUAUAAUUAUAUUCUCCCCUAAUAUAUCACUGUUUUGGUUUUUUUUCUCCAUUGAGCAGCAAUUUUUUUUUUAACUCCCAGGGAAGGUGGAGUAAAGAGAAGAAUUUUCAUGUUCUAAUUUAUCUGAAAAAGAAAAAAAAAAAAAGAAUAAUUUGCCGCUUGUUUGAAGAAAUUGGCGUUAGAAUGAGUGGAGGGAGAUUUGAUUUCGACGAUGGAGGAGCCUACUGCGGUGGGUGGGAAGGCGGCAAAGCCCACGGGCACGGGAUCUGUACUGGUCCGAAAGGCCAAGGGGAAUAUUCUGGUUCCUGGAAUUAUGGCUUUGAGGUUGUUGGGAUUUACACCUGGCCCAGCGGGAACAUGUUUGAAGGAUACUGGUCUCAAGGUAAAAGGCAUGGACUGGGGAUCGAAACCAAAGGACACUGGGUGUAUAAAGGUGAAUGGACUCAUGGCUUCAAGGGACGGUAUGGAGUAAGGCAGAGCAUGAGCAGUGGAGCAAAGUAUGAGGGGACGUGGAACAACGGCCUACAAGACGGAUAUGGGACGGAGACCUAUGCUGAUGGUGGAACAUACCAGGGACAAUUCACAAAUGGCAUGCGACAUGGAUGUGGUGUUCGACAGAGUGUUCCCUAUGGAAUGGCAGCAGUGGUUCGAUCACCUUUGCGCACCUCCUUGACAUCUCUACGUAGCGAGCACAGCAAUGGGGCACUAGUACAACAUGACAACAUAUCUGUUUCUCCAGAUCAUAUUGUAGCUCCCACCAUCAAUCGAGGGGGCUUUGCACUCUCCCUCUAUGCUGACACUGAAUCUGUCAAGGGCCAGAAGAAGGGCCUUUUCCGAAGAGGAUCACUAUUGGGUAAGCUUAAAAAAUCAGAUUCAAAGACUUCUCUUUCCUCUCAGAGGAGCAAGCUGAGCUUCUUGAAAAGUGAAAGUGGGGUGAGUUCAGCUGCAAGUGAUGCCAACUCUACCGUGAGCUUUGGGGAUGGCACUGAAUCAGAAGAGUUUCCACCAGUUGAGUCAGAUAUUGAUGCAACCACCACUGAAGUCUACAUGGGAGAGUGGAAGAACGACAAACGAUCUGGCUUUGGAGUGAGUGAAAGAUCCAGCGGGCUGAAGUAUGAAGGUGAAUGGCUGGACAACCUAAGGCAUGGCUACGGUUGUACCACGUUUCCAGAUGGAAAGAAAGAGGAAGGGAAGUACAGGAACAAUCUUUUCAUAAAAGGAAUGAAAAAGCGGGUAAUACCUCUGAAGAGUGCGAAGGUCAGGCAGAAGGUUGAUAGCUCCAUUGAAGGAGCGUUGAGGGCAGCUGCAAUUGCCAGGCAAAAAGCAGAAAUUGCAGCUUCCAGGACCACUCACGCUAAAGCCAAGGCUGAGGGAGCGGAGCAGGCGGCACAAGCAGCCAAUAAUGAGUCCAGUAUAGCAAGAACCAUGGCGAGGGAGCUGUCUCCAGACUUCUACCAACCAGGGCCAGAAUACAUCAAGAGAAAGCUGCUUCAGGAAAUUAUAGAAAAUGCAGAACAAAUGGAUCACAAAGAGUCAACAGUUCCAGCCAAUCAAGCACCACAAGCAACUCCUUCAGAAAGUCCCCUGCUUCAUGUGAAGCAGACCUCAAAACGUGAAGUCUCCCCAAUGCGGACCCCUUCACCUACCUCUGCGGAAUCCCCUCCAGAUGCCAAAAAGCCUAAACAAAGUUCCAAGAAAGAGAAGGGACUGAGCCCCAGCAACUGGAAUGGAGAUCAGAACCGUGCAGGAAGUAGAUCCAUCACCCCUUCCAACAUACCAGUGCAAGGAAACCAUAAGAAAUUGAUGAACAAAUUAGAAAACAAAUUGUCUGAUGCUGAUAUUGAGUUCCAUAAGGGCUAUCAUAGCUAUGCUGUUCGGACCUCCCCAGUGACUCCUCCACUGGAUUAUGAGGAGCAAGCAUUCCCAUCGCCAAAAGCAACUCCUGAAACUGGAACCCCAGAUAUAAAAGAACAAGUGAAGGAUGUUGUACCAUCUUCCUCAAAAGACCAAGAUACAAAAGCAAAAACAGUCCCCAGGAGAUCAGAGAUCGGCAGAGAGUCUCAGCUAAAGCCAAAUGAUGAGCACAAGUCAGAGGGAAGAGAAGAGAAGACACAAUCGAAGACCUUCUCCACGUCUGACUCUAAAAGUGAUAUUUACGAGACCAAGUCAGUCCAGAAGCCUGAGCCUAAAGCAGUCCAAAAACCUGAGCCUAAGGCGACACAGAAAGCAGAACAAAAGGCUACACCAAAACCUAAUGUGCCAAAACCAGAGACAAAGGCAGCACCAAAAACCACCCCACAAAAACCUGAACCAAAGUCAAUGGCAAAGCCUGAGUCUAAGGUAUCACUGAAGGCUGAAACCAAAAGUCUGGUUAAAAAGGGAGUCCAGGUUGCAGCGGUUACAAAUGUAGAGGAGGAGAUCGAAGAGAGACCUGAUACAAUCAUGAUCUGUAUGGUAAUUUUAUUGAAUAUUGGAUUAUCCAUCUUAUUUGUACAUUUACUGACAUGAAGUUAAGCUGAAAAUAUUGAAUGGCAGCCAUGGGUUCUCACGAGCAGCCUUUCGGCUAGACCACGCGUGAUGAUGUCAAAAUCUACAUGACGGGCGAUGAAGCAGCGGCAAGUCAUCAACAACCGAUUUAAUCUUCACCGCUCCUUAUUCGCUUGUUGUAUCGAAUCGAUGAGACCUCCCACCGCGCUCAGAUGCUAAGUUGGUUUUGUUUGGAAAGAGAAACAUUGAGUUAGGUUGACCUACAUCACUGACAAUACACAAGGAAUUUUCUUUUUUGUAACCUGUGAAUUCGAGCACUCGAGAGAAAAAUAUACCUUUUCUUUUUUCUUAAGAUACGAGUACGUAUGUGUUAGGCGCUCCAUAAAUGGAACCAUUAAACGCAGAUAAAAACUUAUCUUCAGAGAGACCCUAGAUCCAUUUUACUCUUUGGCUAUUUGUUCUAAGUUUAAGAUGUUGCUGACAAUUUGUUUUUUUUGUGUGUGUGUGUGUGUGCGCCGGAUUUAGCUGUAGGAAUCAAAUGUUCAUGGAUCAGUUAUUUUCGAAGGCAGGGUGCAGCUAUAUAAAGAUCGGUAUUUAGCACUCUCCGGUUUAAAACCCUUAGUCUUCAAGGGAAACCAAUGCAAACAUUAGGAAUCAACCAAUGAAAAUCAGAAUAGAUACAAAAUGUAAAAAUUAUAAAAAAAAAGCCCUCAGUUGUUUUUCUGCAUUUUUGUCGUUUUAAACAUUUCUCGUUUUAAACAUAUCUGAGCUCCUUUGCACCUGUUUUUAAAAAUGGCUGCUCCAUUAUGAACGUCAAUCAAUUUUGUUUACACUUUUAUUUCUAUAAAUCCAUAAACACACACGCAAUCCACCCCCAUGUCUUAAAUAUAGACUUUUUCUGCUAUAUUUUGCAUGUGAUAACGGCUUUUUUUUUUUCCUAAGGGGAGUGCACAUUUUUUUUCUGUUCAAGAUUUCUGCAGGCUGUGAAACGUCUACAAAGAAAAGUCCCUGCUCAUAGUAGUUCUGCAUCUUCCGCUUUUGUGUAUUUAUGAAUGUUUGGCCCCUCCUUGCACAAACAUGGUAAAAAAUAGAAUUACAAAGGGGGGAGUCUUGUAAGUAUGUUUUUUUUCUGUUAAAGUGGCAGUAUGCCCCCCAUAAAAGCAAUGAAUAGAGCUUGAGUUGAACAAACUUUGCCUUAUGUUUCAAUCAUGAGAAUUCCAUGUUUUAGCAAGUGGGUAUUUGAAGCUCCUCCAUGUUUGGUCCUUGUAAGGCACAGUGCCGGGCCAUGGCGGCUGGUCGCCCUAAGCAACAACGAACAAGCGCGCGCGCACAUGCACAUGAUCAAGCCAGCGCGCUGCAGAUGCAUCCAUGCACGUGUACACAUGCAUGGUGGAGCACAAGCGGAUUGAAUUGCUGCUGCCAGUAGGACCACAAGAGUCCGGACUAGGGGGAAUCCGGCAGAAGAGGUACCAUGCCUGGCACCCGUUCAACUUUGCUCCCUAGGCCGUGCCUCUUCUGGCUACCUCUAGUUCCGGCCCUGGCAAGGCAGAUGAUAAAAUUACCAGUAUACAAUCUCUGCCUUCAUCUUUUGUUGUGACUAUUUUGUUAGUAGAAGUUCAUUAUGCAGGGGUGUUUUCUGUUCCCCUGUAAUCUAAUCUUCAGCCUCACAAGGACCAAACAUGGAGGAACUUAAUUUUCCCUGUUUACAUAUCAUUUUUGUGAUUAAAAUCACAGGCAAAAACACAAACCCUGUUCAUUGCACUCAUGUUGAACACAGGGGUAUGGUGCCAUUUUAAUGGGACAUCAGAUUUAUUGAUACUGCCAAAUAUGUUUUGGACAGAGCAAGACUUUGGAUGAAGCACAAGGUAUUUAGUGGUGUUUUAUGCUAUUUAUUUAUAACUUGUAGAACAGGGAUUCUUAACUAGGUUGGGAUCUAAAAAUGGGCCUCCAUUGGGUGGGUCUUCAGGAUAGUCAUAAUAAAGUGACAAUCCCUGUUCUAGAGGUACCUGGAAGGAAUGUUUGUUAGACAUUACCCACUGUGAAUAGAGCCACACGAAUUCUAUCCAUGAAAUCGGGGUUCACGUAUGAAGGAGCUAAAGUUGUUGUGUUAUUCGCAAGUGUAUUUGCUUCCCUCUUGGUCGAACGUGUCUGCAAAUGUGUUUGCUUAGAGUUCCCAAUAAAGUGCUGAGACUGACCCUCUGA